UGGGAUUUUGCCAAGCUGUUACAAAAUAAAAAUAAUAACUAAUUGUUUGGUUUUAUAACAAAAAUACUGUUUUGCCUUUCCUUUUGUUUAAAUUAAAAUUUAAUGAUGUGACUACAAUAACAAAAAACGUAGUAUGUAUUGUACAUCUUUCCAGAUUGCAGGAGAUUCUGCUUUUGUUUUUUCUUAAAUGAAAGUAAAAUGCAACAUAUAUAUGGUUUAAGACAUUAUACAAAUAAGAUUGACUUUAAGAAGAAAACAAUCCUGUAAUUCAAGUUGCAAUAUAAAUCUAUAAAUUGAAGAAAAUGAGCAGUAAUCCAAGUGCAAAAAUUUCUCUGAGUGAUUUUUCGGAAAGCAAUACACCUGAGCACAUGGCAUUUAGCAAAAUUUUAGGGAAGUCUAUCCUGGUUAGCCCUAAUGAGGAACAAUAUGAAUUGUUAUUAACCAGAUUGAAGCAACAGUUAGAGAGCGGAAGAGGCGAAGUAAUUCUAGAGAUUGGUGGUUGUGAAGAUGGUUCCGAUAUUUGUUUGAAUGAAGAGGAAAAGAAUGCAGCUGUUGCUACAUUGCAAUCUUUGGCAACCAGUUUACAUUGUAGUUGUGUGUUAUUGAGAGAACGUAAAGAUAUUUCUGGUAUUGUUGCUCAGUACCUAAUAAGGAAACUGUUAGAUCCUAGCGAUUUUCUCGAAAUUCGCGUAGCCGUCGUAGGUAAUGUUGAUGCUGGUAAGUCUACUUUAUUAGGAGUUUUAACUCAUGGUGAAUUGGAUAAUGGCAGAGGUCAUGCUCGACAAAAACUAUUUCGCCAUAAACACGAAAUGGAAUCAGGCAGAACAAGUUCAGUUGGAAAUGAUAUCCUUGGCUUUGAUAGUGAAGGUCACGUAGUGAACAAACCAGAGCACGGAUCUUUAGAUUGGGUUAAGAUAUGCGAAAAAAGUUCAAAAGUAAUAACAUUCAUCGACUUGGCGGGUCACGAACGUUACCUAAAGACUACAGUUUUUGGAAUGACUGGACAUGCUCCAGAUUUUGGAAUGCUUAUGAUUGGAGCAAAUGCUGGUAUUGUUGGAAUGACGAAAGAGCACUUAGGAUUGGCUCUCGCUCUUUCUGUGCCAGUUUUUGUGGUGGUUACAAAGAUUGACAUGUGUCCUCCAAAUGUACUAAGAGACAAUUUGAAACUAUUGAUGAGAAUCUUAAAAUCUCCAGGUUGCCGUAAGGUGCCCGUUAUGGUUAAAACCACCGACGAUGUUGUUUUGAGUGCUACCAAUUUUGUUUCAGAAAGACUUUGUCCAAUAUUUCAAGUUUCAAACGUUACUGGUGAAAAUCUGGACAUGCUAAAAACUUUCCUUAAUUUACUCACGACAAGAAUGGAAUAUCACGAAAACGAACCUGCUGAAUUUCAGAUAGAUGACACUUACUCAGUUCCUGGUGUAGGAACCGUGGUAUCAGGAACUGUUUUAAAGGGUAUCAUUCGUCUGAAUGAUACGUUGAUGCUUGGUCCCGAUCCUUUGGGACAUUUUCAACCAAUUGCUGUAAAAAGCAUUCACAGAAAACGAAUGGUUGUUAGAGAAGUGCGAGCAGGUCAGACGGCAAGCUUUGCACUCAAAAAAAUUAAACGGUCACAUAUUCGGAAAGGGAUGGUAAUGGUUUGUCCUGCACUGAACCCGCAAGCUUGUUGGGAGUUUGAAGGAGAAAUUUUAGUACUUCAUCAUCCCACCACUAUAAGUUCGCGUUAUCAGGCUAUGGUUCAUUGUGGUAGCAUUAGGCAGACAGCGAGUAUCCUGUCGAUGUCACAAGAUUGUUUGAGAACCGGAGAUAAAGCGCUGGUGCAUUUUCGCUUUAUCAAACAUCCUGAAUACAUAACUCCCGGUCAACGAAUGGUAUUUCGUGAGGGACGGACGAAAGCUGUUGGUAAUGUCGUUAAAAUUCUUACGCAAGCAUCAUCAUCUUCGCUGAUAACGACUAAAACGAAAGCUCUAAAGCAGCAAAGACAUGAGGACUAUAAUAAUUCGCACAGCAAUAACCAAAAUAGCAAGGCUACAAACGCGUGUGAAUCUGAAGGAAAAACCUUGGAAACGAUUGAAUGUUUACAAAUAAAUCCGAUGAGAAAGAAUAAUCGAAGGCGAGGAGGAGUACAUAAAAAAUCGACGGUAGCAGUGGGAAAUGCAUCUAAACCAUUGUCAGAUGUUGCUAAUAUAACAGCAAUAUCCGCAAAUAAUCGAUCAGCUGCCAAAAUAUAGAUGGUAAAAUUGAAGAGCAAUAAUUUCCCGAAGGUUAAAAAUAUAUGGUAACAAAUGAUACAGUCACAAUAACGAUUUCUUAACAUGAAUAUAACUUUUUGACCGGUUAAUAGUGCAAAUAACCAUAAUAAUCAAUAAAUAAAUUUCUUAAAGCACAUAAAAUUUCGUAUCUUGAAUCAUAGGACAGUUUUACGUCUAUAAUUAUUGUAGCGUAAUAAAACGGAGUAGAUAUUACAAACCAAAAAUUACUUUUAUAUUUACGACUUCUAUUUUUGUAUGACAUUUUAUUUUUUUAGAAGCGUAAAAAUUCGUGUUUGUUUUCAUGUUCUAAAAGAUGAAUAACUUUCUACUUAAUUAACAAUAUUUAUUUUCUGAUUGUUUUAUAAACGUGAUAGUAAUAGUGUUUCAAGUGCAGUCAGUAUUGUUUGUUCUAUUGUUUUUUUUUUCGUUUUAUAAAGUAGUGUGAAAUUACUAUUAACUCCCAUCUGCCAUGUAUUAUUAGAGUUAAGUACAUUUCAGUAAUGUAUGUAAAGAGUACAAUUUUAAUUCGUUCAAAACCUAGUUGUUUUUGAAAUAUAAAGAUCGGUGUACAAAAUUAGAAUCACAUAUAUAUAUAUAAUUAAAAAUUUUUCUGAUAGAAAUAACCACGAUAGAGUAUAGAGGUGAUGUAACGAGCCAGGUCUGUAAAGCACUUUGCUAGAGAAAAAUAGCGCAAAGGUGACUAAGAUAACCCGAGUAUAUACGACCGCAUAGCCGAAAGUACAGCCUAUACAAUCAAUAAUUUAAACAAGAUCUUGCCUGAUAGAAUGUAAAAGUAAAUUUUAAGGUAAGGGAGAGACAAAAGGAAAUUGUAGCAAACACAAUACAAAUACACCUACUGGAUUUAAACUUUCGGUUCAUUUUGAUCUCAAAAUAGUUUUAAAAAGAAGUAAAUGAACACUAAAAAAUGAUUUCAAGAAUAAAAAAAAUUUAAAACGUACAAUGUAGUACUCACUCUCCUAUUUUCUACUAAUAAUAUAUUUAAAAAAAAAUAUUUUUUUAAACAAAAUCCCUUGCGGUUAUUCUUAGUCUCCGUGCGAAAUUCGCGUAUUUUGUACUUACAGGCGACUUUUUAAUACUUUACAUUGGGAGACUUUCUCAUUGUUACUUUAGUAGCCAUUGUUACACAUUAUUGACACGCAACAUAUUGUUACAUAAUUAUAAAUCACGAAAAUAAGACGAUAAGUUGUAAGGAAUGCUGUCAAUUAAAAUUGUGUAAAACGCGUGAAUUUGCAGCUAUCUUUUCGCUACCUUUCUCUGUGACUUCUCAUUGUAAGGGGUUUUUACACAGUUUGCUUCUCGCAAAUAUAAAACGUCGGCUUCUUACCUCUAUUCUCUAUCAUGAAUAUCAAUGUUUUCUGUUUUUCAAAUUAUUUGUUUACAGGAACUUGAAGAUCUCAAAGGUGUUCAAUUCUAAAUUCAUACAUUUUUAUUAAAAUUAGUUAAAGUUGUUCCUUAUGUGGUUUGCUACCAAAUACACUGUUUAAAUUUUAAACAUUCA